GAUUACACUCAUACCUGAGCUGACUUAGAUCCAAGAUAUUUGCUACUGGCAUUGCCGGAUGUAUGCUCAAAGCUCUGGACUAUGGCUUCAGAAAACAUACAGUCAUGAUCAGGUGGCUGCCGUUCACUGUGUUGCUGUACGCUCUCCCGACAGCCUGCAAGACAUCGUUACCACCUAUCCCAAUGUUUAUCUGCAUGCAAGUGGCCUGGCUAGUCCGCUGCUUGGCCUCUCUCAAAAAGACUUCUCCUCCUUGGCUGCCAGCAUCACCAUGAUUGUGCAUAACGGUGCUACAGUUUCUUUCCUCCAACCUUACGCUUCUCUCCGUGCAGCGAACGUAACGUCGACUAGAGAGCCCAUUCGCGUAGCAACACCCCGCCGGAUUCCGUUUCACUACGUAUCUACAGCCGGCGUUGCCGAGCUAACAAAUCUGUCGUCGUUGCGCGAGAAGUCAGUAGCGGAACACAUUCCGCCAACGGGUGCGAGUGGAUAUACGACAAGUAAAUGGGCAAGUGAAGUCGUCCUGGAGAACGCAUCAGCAUCAUACAAAAUACCGGUUACAGUGCAUCGUCCGAGCACUGUCGUCGAGGCUGCUGGGAAGCCGGAUGAUGUCCUGCCGCAUGACGCGCUGGGCACUCUGCUGCGAUUUUCGAGGGAACUUAGGGCUGUGCCACUGCCGAAGAAGUGGACGGGUUGUUUUGACAUGGCGCCUGUGGAUCAAGUAGCUCAGCACAUUGUAGAGGAAGCGCUUCUGCCAUCUACCGGCGGCAUUCGAUACAAACAUAUCGCGGGCAGUAAAAAGGUUUCGGCGCAGGACUUGAACAAGUUCGUCGCGACACAAAUCCAAGACCCAGUGGAAGUCAUGCCGAUGGAGGACUGGAUCGAUCGCGCAAAGGCGCAUGGGUUGAGGGAAGAUUUGAGCGGAUGGUUCCUUGCAGUGGUGAGCAAACCAAGAUUCUUGCCUCCUAUCUUGAUGGGGUCAGAUCUGUAGCCAUCGGCGCACAUAGCAUGUUUGUACAUAUUUGCGAAAUGUAUCAAUCUUUGCAUGGCAACUCUCGUGCCGAUUUCCGAGACUUGGGCAGUGGUAUAG